AUGGACAUUUUUUUGCUGUUAUUCGCUGCCGCGGCGAUCGUGUUGCCUGUGGAUUCCGCGCAGCUCCUCGUCGACCCGUCAUUUCUGUUGGUGGAGGAGGACUGGCCGCUCGAGAAACCGCUACCGGUCACCAUUUGCCCGGGCAAUGUGCGAAUUUUACAAGGCGACGCGCAGAAGACGUUCUCCGUCGCCCGGCUCAACGAAUCGUGUGCCACGCUGAAGUUGAACAACGAGCUCGACGCGGAUAAGGAAAAUGCCGACGGGUUGCGCUGGGAAUCGUUCUCGUUAGUGCUGUCCGGCGCUCAGAAAUCGCGGGCCACCCUCGAGAUUCAGGUGGUGGACGUCAACGACAACGCCCCCGAAUUCCUCAAUGUGCCCAGCAGCAUCAGCGUGUUCGAGGACGCGCCCGAGGGGUCGGCGAUUCUGAAACUGCGCACCCACGACCCGGACACUGGUAUUGCUGGCAUGGCUGUAUACACAAUCGAUGAUGACCGCUUCACGAUUGACAAGCGAAAAUGCGGCAAUGGCGAGUGUUGGACAACGCUGCGCGUGAAGGACAAGCUCGAUUUCGAGAAGCAGAGGAAACACCUGCUAAAAAUCACGGCCCGCGACGGGGACCCAACAAAGAAUCGAUCGCAAGAGACGAGCGUCCUGCUGACUGUUCAUGUGCUCGAUGCCCAAGACCAGCCUCCACUGUUCAUCACCGACGUCUCGCAAACCUUUCUGGUGCAGGAGAGCGCAAAAGUUGGAGAUGUGGUCUUCGAAAUCCGCGCCCGGGACGGGGACGAGGCGGCCGAACGGUCGAACCCGAUACGGUACACCCUGCAGAAGAAUGAAUUCUUUGGAAUUGACGAGCGGAGCGGCAACGUGAACUUGCUCAAACAUGCCGACGAGGCCCUGCUUCUGCGGCUCGGCGUGACGGCAGCCGAGGAGGGCGAGGGCCAGAUGAGGAGCGAGGCCAAGCUGAAGAUCCAGUUCGUCAAGUCGAGAAUUUUGGAGAAGGCAGGGCGCACUCGGAACCGUUCAGUAGUUUUCCAGGCCCUCUCCUCUCAUCCUGCUCCGAAACUGAGCCAGAGCCUCGGCAAGCUGUGUGAAAAAGAGGCGUAUGCGAUGCGGAUUCGGGAAAACGCGGAGCAAUUCGAGUUGCCGGAAGUGAUCCGGUUGACGGAGAAACAGGACAAAUCCGCUCUGCGCUUGAUCGGCGGUGCCGACAUCUUUGCCUUCAAGCAGGUCACGCCCGACCAGAUUGAGAUCGUCGUGAAGAAUCAGCAAAAGCUCGAUUUUGAGCAGACGUCAAACUACAGUCUGAAGCUCUCCUCCCCUUUGGGAAGCUGCGACAUUGAGGUGCUAGUCGUCGACGUCAACGAUAACCCACCGCAUUUUGCCUCCGACGGCUACACGUUCUACGUGCGCGAAAACGAGGCCGCCGGCGAGAUCGGGCAGGUCAAGGUCGGAAUUUCUUGUGAUCCUCAAAAUCAUGGCGCGCCAUUCCAGGCGGCAGAUGAGGAUUCGGCCGACUACGGGCCAAUCGAGUACCAGAUCGUCGGCUCGUCAAACAACAUUUUCACCAUUGACGGCGACGGGCGACUGUCGACGACAAAAGCGGUCGACAGGGAGCGGAAUACGAAUUUUACGUUCUCGGUGCGGGCAACGGAUCGAGGCGGAAAAUUCACGGAUGUCCCCGUAAAAGUGGUGGUGCGCGAUACGAACGACAACGCGCCAACAUUUGAAAGUGACCACAUUGUGAUUGACGUCGUCGAGGAGGUGGCCAGCAAGCACAGAAUUACGGCGCGGGACAACGAUCUUGGAGAGAACGCUCAGCUCACCUACACAAUCAGCAAUUUGCCAGGGGGGCUGCCAAUAGAUAUGAAUAACGGGAUCCUGUUCGUGGGACGAAUUGACCGUGACUCCUUGUCUGUAUACCCUAUCGAGCUCGUGCUCACCGCCACCGAUUCCGGGAAACCUCCGUUGACGGGCAGCACAAAUAUUACGAUCCGCGUCGAGGACACCAACGACAGCCGCCCGCAAUUCGGCGCCCCGCACCACGCGUUCAACUUGGACCGGAACCUCAACCCGGGAGAGACGUUGGGAAAGCUCGACGCCACCGACGAGGACGCCACCCCACCAAACAACAAAAUCUACUUCACCACCGACGACGACCGCUUCUACAUUGACGUGUGGGCUCACGACAACGGGGAACCGUCAUUGAACUCGUCGACUCUGGUCGCCAUCAACGAGCACAAAAACACGAUCGGAGGCGCGCUGACGACAAAGCUGAACCGAACUAAUGACGAGCGCACCGAGGUGAGGUGGGCCAACUCCAAGAUGCCCGGCUACACGUAUGAGAUUUUGCGGGCCACGGCUGACGGAAUGCCAGACGAUGAGGUGCUGAAGUGGGUAUCGAUCGAUCGAAAAACCGGCGUUAUCCACACGAUACGGCGGCUCGAGGCCAGCGACGUAAAGGAGAUCAAACUUCAUAUCAGCAUGAAGAAGAAGAAAAAAGAGAUUCCCGUGGAGCUGAUCAUCAAAAUCGUCGACGCCAACGACAAUAGCCCGUUCUUCAAGCGCAUCGCCUACAAGGCGAACGUCUCCGAGGAGGCGGCCAUCGGGAUGCCCAUCUUGCAAAUCAAGGCCGAGGGGACGGAUGUGGAGAAUUUAUUGCGCUACUCUUUGACCACCAUCUUUCCCGAGACGUCAACCCCACUCGAGAUCGAUCAGUACGGCACGAUACGGACGCGUGAGCCCCUGGAUUAUGAGCAAUUUUCCCAAAUCGACGGUAUCGUCUCGGUCAAAGAUUCGCUUGGCCAUCUCGCAUCAGCGAAUUUGACGAUCUAUAUUGAUGACGUCAAUGACCAUCGGCCGGAAUUCCGGAACGGCUCGGUGUUCUCGGUCAAUGCCACCGAAUCGUUGCCAGUUGGGGCGAGCCUCGCGUUGGAGUAUCCAUUGGCUACGGAUCGGGAUGGCGGCAGAUUCGGGAAGAUUGUCUACUCGAUUAUUGGGGGUGAAAACCACUUUGCCAUCAACGAGAAGACCUCGGUCGUCGUGCUCAAGCGGGCCCUAGAUUUUGAGACGCAACGAAGCCACUCGUUCACGGUGCGGGCCGUUGACAACGGCGGGAAGAAGCCGUUCCACGAGGUGUUCGCAUCGGUUACUGUCUACGUGGAAGACGCCAACGACCACUCGCCGAUCAUCCACAACGCCGAGCUGACCCAUUUGAGCGUUGGGGAAGACGCGAAGAAUGGGGAUAUCGUGGCCGUAAUCUCGGCUUCGGAUGCCGACGCUUCCGGCGCGGACCCCGUCCAGAUCACGUCCAACCACACGCAAUUCCGGGUGGACGAGACCGGGAAGCUGGUCGUCGCCGCUCCAUUGAGCGGGUACGCCGGGGAAAAGAUCUGUGGCCACUUGACCGCCUCGGACUUGGGCGUGCCGAGGCGAAACACGACCGUCCCGUUCUGCGUCUCCGUGCAGGGCAUACGACAGGCCGAUUUGCCCCUGAUCGUCUACCCGAAGCCGAAUAGCAUCCACUACUUCGACGAAAAUCACGUCUACGACGAGCUGCUGAAGAUAAAAAUGGCCAAGAGCAGCGAGGCCGGCAAGGAGGAGUUCUCUUACAAGUUUGACCAAAAUUUCAAGAAGGACUGGGAGUUCUUCAACAUUUCCCCGCUUGGCGUGCUCACCGCGAAGGCGCCGUUUGACUUUGAGAAGAAGGCGAUUCACGAGCUGCGCGUGUCCGCGUGUAAUGUCAAGCGCAACUGCUCGUCGGUGACCUUGUUCAUCUCCGUCAACGACAAAAAUGACAACUGCCCCGUGUUUCGGGAUACGACAUUCCAGCUGACGAUUGUGGAAAACGGGCGUGGCGCCAUCCCGAGGAGGGUCGGCCGGGUACCGACCGCCAGCGACGACGACUAUCAUGCCGAAAAUAAGAAGAUCUGCUAUUCGGUGGACAAUGCGGCCUUCUUCUUCGACCCGAUCACCGACCCGUUCCUCUACACGAAUCGCUCGUUUGACCGGGAGCAACAGGAGUCUUUUAAAAUUACGGUUAUUGCCUUCGACUGCGCAAUGGCGUGCGCUGAUCCGUUGCGCCCGGCGAAUGCAACCAUAAAGGGCACCGUGUUCAUCGACGACGUCAACGACAACUUCCCAAAAUUCCCCGAGCGCAUCUACUACAAAACGGUGAUACAGGGCCAAAACGGACCGGGCAGCCACAUUGCCGAGAUUGUCGCCGUUGACCCGGACCUUGAACGGGAUGGGCUUCGUUACGCGAUUAAAGGGGUGGUCAGGACAGAAAAACAGACUUUCGGCAUCGGCGAGUCGCCGAUUCGAGUGGACGAGAAAAGCGGCGAGCUGACGGCGACCGAGCUGCUGCGCGAGCCCACGUACACCCUCACGCUCGCAGUCAUCGACUCGGCCGGCCACGAGGAUACGGCCACAAUCGUGAUCUCUGUCAUCGGCUACGACCAACAAACGGAGCUCGUUUUCGACGCCCCAUUCGACUACAUCAAGCGCAACGAGAAAAACAUCAUACGGCUCCUCUCCGCGGCCACCACUCUCACCGCUGUGAUUGAUCGGUGCCGUCAGAACUCCAAUUCGACCGUGGUCCUCGCGCACUUUUUAGACCAAAAUGGCAAAUUUGUCGAUGUCAAUCAGGCGAUACAUACGCUGAUGAAAUCGACGUCGUCAGCCCGAAGUGAACUGAAGAAUGCGUAUGGGCUGCGGGAAGCUUCAGCUUCAUUGCUGCCACGUACGCGAACCGUCGAGAUUCUGGUGAUCGGUUCUGUGCUGCUACUGCUGCUCGUUUCAUUCGUGCUGCUCCUCAUUUGGUGCCGACAGCGCAACGAGUACGCACGAAAGCUGCGGCAGAUCUCCACUCAAGCGAAGCACCUCGCUUCCCCCUCCAGCCAUUCAACACCACCAAAAAAGAGCGUGGGCUACCUGUCGGGCGAGCUGCUGAUGGGUGGUCCAUUGGAAUCCUCCGUCGUCAACCCCCUUCACCACAGCUUCACCUCCCGGAUGCUGGGCGAGCCGCAGCCCGCCCUGAAUAGGCACAGCAUGCCAGCAGCCGCGAAUGUGAUACGGUGUCCCUCCCGGAUCUCGCAUAUUCCCCCGCCUCCACCGCUUCAGUCCACUGAACUC